UUUGCCUGAAAAUGGGUUCACUUUUGGGCGGCGCCGGUGGAGGCCACGGCGGCUUGUGGUGGCGUCCAUUUGAAUCUCAAAAACGGCAGGGGAGAAGAAGAAGAAGUUCGAAACCUUCUGAUUCAGUAGAUCGUACCACCAGCGGAGGUGGUUACCGGUUCCCUCUGAAACAAGCCCUGACCGCCGGUUCUCUUGCUUUCGCCGGAGACUCCAUCGCUCAACUUAGCGAACGCUAUAGAAAGAGAAAUUCUCUUUCUGAUUCUGAUUCUGAUUCUGGUUUUUCCAAGGAUAUCAUGUGGAUGCUCUGUUCAAACCAUGAUUGGCUCCGAGCCCUCCGGAUGGCUUCUUAUGGGUUUCUUCUUUAUGGCCCUGGUUCUUAUGCAUGGUAUCAGUAUCUUGAUCGUGCUUUGCCAAAGCAAACUGUAGAGAACCUGUUGCUGAAGGUCUUAUUAAACCAAAUUGUGCUCGGUCCAUCUGUUAUUGCUAUUGUUUUUGCAUGGAACAAUAUAUGGCAAGGGAAGCUCUCAGAGCUUCCAAAUAAGUACCAGAAAGAUGCCAUUCCCACACUAAUUACUGGAUAUAAGUUCUGGAUCCCUGUCAGUGCAUUGAACUUUUGGGUGGUUCCGCUUCAAGCCCGUGUAGCUUUCAUGUCCAUGGGCUCCAUAUUCUGGAACUUCUGCUUGUCUGCAACUAUGAGCAAAUAAUCUUUUGCUGAGAAGUUUUAUCAAUGGCUUGAAAUAAAGAAAUUUUGAGCACUAGGUACACCCUUCUUCUCAGUUCAUGAGGAAGGCCUGACGACAGGAAGAAGGAUCCCAGUGUCCCUCAAACUUCUGGAGAAGUUGCUUGCAGAACUUACAAAUGAUCGUGGAUCAAGUGAACAGCUUGCCUUUCCUGUGGGUGCAAGAUGAAUUGUUUUCUUGCUUUAUGAAUCUGUGUUCACUGGGGAAUGAAAUACCUGGUGAUUUUUAGCUUGUCUCAUACACAUAAUUACUUUGUUUUCAUCUUCAUCUGGAUUCUGGAUGAUGGUUUUUGUUUUCAGUAGUUCAGAAACCUUAGCUAAUUGUGCUCUUCCAAUCGAGCUGGAGGAACUUGAAAAUUGAAUGGAAAUGAAAUCCUUUAGUCCCUUAUUUUUCAGGGCACUCAAAAA